AAAAUGGAUACACAUUUCACCAUUAGAAUAGUGAAGGUUGGAAUAAGACAUUGCAACUAAGGGCCGGACAGGACGCUCAAUAUGGGAAAGAAUGGCAGCUUCACAUAAGGUGCUUAGCUUUGACAUCUCGCACCAAACAGUCAGCGGGGGAAAAACAUAGUUCUGUGUUAUACAUUCCAUCUCAGAUUUUCUGGUUUAAAUAAUUUCAUGGUGCAAAUGUCGGUUGAGUUGGCAUUACUAGGUCUCAUAAAUGGCUUUUGCUAAAUUGAAUUGAUCGGCAGUAAAACGACGAGCAACAUUUGUCUCUACAGAUUUGACGGCCUUUGCGCAUCCGCAUUAUGGAAGAGCUCAGACCAGGGUAAAUUUUCUUGAAAUGCAGGGCAUGCAGGUUCUACCUCUGCUGUAUGUUACAUUUUGCUCAUUUUUAUGAAUUGCAUUUAAGUUGAACAGAUGCUUCAUUGAAUACAAUUGCCACAUCCUCCGACAUAUUGCUAUAGCAUCCAAAAAUGCAUUAGUGUAUACUGAUGUCUGUGAAAACUUCACAAGCAUAAUGCUAUUGAAAUUUGAAUACUGUGAAUGCAAUGGCCAUACAUAGAGAACACUGAUGACAGACCGCUCUGCAUCUUUGCCAUCACCAUUUAAGCGAAUAUUGGUACAAUGUUCUCCUCAGGUCAAGGAAUACGGGUAUUGUGUAGCAAAUAAAGUUCCAGCGGUUGAGCGUGACAUGUGCUUAAAGGAGUUCUUGGCACUGAAGACCUGUAUGCAAAAUGUGCUGAAAAGAAAAGGCAAAUAAUACUUAGAAUCUGAAGAAUAACUUGCAAAGUAAAUAUGGAUAUUUAUUAGAUUCCAUUGGCUCACGAGUUUGAUCUCAAAGUUACUGUCUGAAGAAAAGGCAAGUUCAGUUUUGCUCUGUGGCCCACUUCUGUUAUUUGAAGGAAGCAAGCUAAAAAUAUGUUUCGAUCACAAGGUGGAUUUGGCUCUCGGUCCAGAGCAGCUUUAGCUGGAUCUGGUGCUUUAUCUCAUGUUUAUAUUCAAUACCCACCUUUAAGAUGCAGUGUUCCAGGAGUUGUGGGACUGCACUAUGAUGAUGGAAAUAAGUUAGUUCUUGCACCAACAUCCAAUCAGAUAUUUUCGUGGCAAGUAAACCAAUUUAUGUCAAUGGACUUUCCUAAUGUUGUUACAAUAAAUGAGGGACCUAUUUUAUCUAUUAGGUAUUCUUUGGAUGGCAAAAUUAUAGGAGUUCAACGAUCACAACAAGAAGUUGAAUUCAUAAAUCGAGAAAAAUCUACUGUAUUUAGUCACCGCUGCAAGACAGAAUCUGAAUGUAUACUUGGCUUCUUCUGGACAGACUGCCCAAGCUGUGAUAUAGUGAUUGUAAAGACAAGUGGACUUGAUCUAUAUUCAUUGCAAUUUGAACUAAAUGGCCUUAAGUUUGUUGAGACAAAAAGAUUUAAUGUCAGCUGGUAUGUGUACACACAUGAGAGUCGGUUAGUACUUCUUGCUUCGGGAAUGCAGUGCAAGACAUUGACUGGGUUUCAGUUUUCUGCUGGAGGCAUCAUCCGAUUGCCAAAGUUUGAUGUCACAAUGAUGAAAGCUGAAGUGAAUAAGAAGCCUAUUCUAUGUCAGGAAGAUGUCCAUAUAGCUACAAUGUAUGGAAGAAUCUAUUGUCUACAGGUUGAUAGGGUUGGAAUGCAGCUUCAUUUGUAUCGUUUUUAUCGGGAUGCUGUUGUGCAUCAGGGACUUCGACAUAUUAGUUGUUUAACCUGCUGCUUGGACUCACUGAAUGUGAACCCAGAGGGUUCUCUGCCAAUCUACUCUGCAAAGGUGGCCAUCAGCGUUGUGGAUAAUGUACUUCUGGUGCAUCAGGUGGAUGCAAAAGUUGUUUUACUAUAUGAUAUAUUUGCAGAUUCCAGGGCUCCAAUAUCUGCCCCACUUCCUCUCUUGGUUAGGGGUCCAACAGGAUCAACAAUAAAUUCUGCUAGAAACAAAGACAGGCAAUCAAGCAGCUCUUCACAGUCAGCUGAAACGGAAACAUUGACAACCAUGCAAGAUAGCGUGUACAUAGAUGGGUGGGCUUUCCUCAAUCCUGAUAUGAUAUGUGACAACCUUCAUGGACUUUUGUGGAGAAUUCAUUUGGAUCUAGAGGCUAUUGCAGCUAGUAGUUCAGAAGUACCUUCUUUGUUAGCAUUUCUGCAACGGCGCAGGCUGGAAGCAGACAAGGCAAAGCAAUUGUCUCUGGCAGUUAUGCGUUCUAUCAUUUUGGAGCGGAGAGCACUUUCUUUGAUUGCAAAUGCAAUGGAGAUUCUGACAGUUUCGUACUCUCAUGGUAUGAGAUUGGCAAAUUAUUUGCCUGGAGCCCCUGAAACUACUGCACCCAGUAGAGCUGUUAAUCAGCAGUCUUCGAAUUCACAUUUACAUGAAAGUGAGAAAGCUUUCAAGUCAGAUGUUCGGUUGAGUGAGAAUUGGCCAGUUACUUCUUUCAAUGGAAAAGCCACCAAGGUUGAGAUGGCUCCUAUUGAUGUUGAGAAAGAACAUGUUUAUGCUAAUCUAAUAACGGGCAGGAGGGAAUCUUCAAGCAGCUCUCUUGGAGAUGCAGACUCUCAGGAAAAUUUAAACACUGGUGUUGAGAGGGCCAAACCAGAAGAUACCGCAGGUAGCUCUGCAACCCAAAGUCUUAUUUAUUUUGACAUAAUCAAGGACAAUAGCAAGGAUGACACCAAUACAAGCUCUGAAAGAAGGGCCAGUAUUGAGUCUGCAAAAUCAAGCAUAAGGCAUGAAAAAUCACUUGCACAGUCCAUAAGUGGUGAAAUUGAUGCUGGAGGGCCUCUAGAAUCAGUUAUACUAGAUUUGGAUACACCCCAAACUACAAGUACCAUGAUUUCACCAGAUGAAAUGUUUGAGAAUGUAUUUGCUAUUGUUGAGGAAGAAAUGUCAGGGGAUCCGAUGUACAUGGUUGCUAUUAUUGUGGAGUAUUGUCGCAGUGUAGCUGUAGAGAAGCUCAAAGUUCCUCCCGGAUUACAUAUGCUAAUGGUACAGUUACUUGCACGUGGUGAGCGCUAUGCUGAAUUAGGACAAUUUGUUUCAAGCAAGAUUGUGGAGCCUUCAAAGGAGGUUGGAAUGCAACUCUUGGAAAUAGGUUCCUGUCAUUUACCAACUCGUAAGCUGGGCAUAGACAUGCUAAGACAGCUUUCUUGUCAUAGUGAAUAUGUAGCACUUCUACUUCAAGAGGGACGCUUUAUGGAAGCUUUACGAUAUAUUCGAAGAAAUAAAGUACAUUCAAUUUCCCCCAGUUUAUUUCUUGAAGCAGCUGUUUUGACCAAGGACUCGCAGAAGUUGGCUUCUGUUUUAAGGUUUUGUACAGAUUUUGUACCAAAUUUUGCACAGACAUCCGAUUAUAGUACAUUUUCUGGCAUCAUUAAUGAGAUGAACAAUGCUGCAGCUGCGUAAAAUGGUUCUCAACUAGGGAAUAAAGUCAUUAUCAAUCAAACUUUGCAUUUUCACUUCAACCAAUUUGGCGUUAGAGAAAACCUUCCACUGAGAACAAAUUGUUACUUGUGGUCAUUUGAUUGAUACUGGCCAAAACUUGCCAGCAGGACAUGUAUAGCCAUGUGCUAGUUUAUUGCAUCGUAUGCAUUUUAAAUUUCAGUUUAAUGGAAGCUAUGUUAUCUGUACA